GCAGUAUUGACGCGGCCGGCGCGCGGACGGACGAGUGCGGCUCGGUGCGAGCUGAGCGGGCCCGGUGCCGGCGGGCGGCAUGGCCGAGCGGGGCGACCAGCCGCCGGCGGAGAGCCCCUCUUCGGAGGAGGGUGCCGCGUCCGAGGCGCCGCCGGCCGCCCGGCCCAUCGAGGACCUGCUCAACAAGAUACGGCUGGCAGAGGAGGAGAGGUACAGACUUGGAAGGAAAGUAGCCAGUAUGAGCUCGACGCUGGUGGAAACGGUCUCCAUCAACUAUGACGAUUUCAACGAGAGCUUCCUGACGUGCGGUACCUGCUUAUGUACUUACAACGGCGCCGAGCACACGCCCAAGCUGAUGCCAUGCUCGCACACGGUGUGCCUCGAGUGUCUGUCGCGGAUCGUCACCUCCAACACACGGGAGCCGGGAACCCUACGCUGCCCGAUCUGCCGGGCGCUGAUCACCCUCCCGACCGGCGGGGUGGCGGCGCUGCCUCCCAGCUUCGUCGUCAACCAGCUGCUCGAUCUGAUGUCCCGCCAGCGACGCGAGGUGGUCCCCAAGUGCUCCACUCACCAGACAGAGGACCUGCUGUUCUGUGAGACCUGCGACACGGUGUUCUGUGCGCUGUGCACGGAAACGGGCCACGGCGGCCUCAGUGACUCCUGCGAACACACCAUCGUACCAUUCUCCAUAGCCAUCAAACGGAUGUCGGAAAUACUCCUCUACAAGGCAAACGAGUGCAUCUCAAAGCUGGACCGUGCCAAGACGGCGGUGCAGGCCGAGAUCCACGAGCUGGAGCACGGCGUGGACGCCACGUUCGAGCAGAUCAGCACCUCGUUCCAGGAGGUGAUCGACAGCCUCGAGCGGCGGCGGGCACAGCUGCUCAGUCAGGUGAAGGAGACCCGUGACGAGAAGAAGACUGUGCUGGAGGACCAGUUGCGGCUGAUCGACUCGGAGCGCAGCAAGGUGCAGAGCCAGUGCGACGGGCUGCAGUACCAGGUUCAAGUCCGGAACAUCACACGUCAGAUCAGUGAGCUCAAUCAGAAGCUCGACUCUGUGAGUCGCCUGAGCGAGCCCCGAGAGAAUGGCUUUGUACGCUACGAGUACCAGCACAACUCGAGUCCCGGUGACCUGGCGGCGGCUCUGGCCGCGUUCGGCCGGGUGCGCACCUCGCGCACGUUCCCGGGCCUGUGUCAGCUGGGAGAGGUGCACGCGGCCGCCCACCUGCGGGCCACGGUCCGUCUCACAGCGCUCGACUACCACGGCGAGCGGCAGACGGCCGGCGGCGACCCGUUCACGGCGCGGCUCACCGAUCCGGACGGCCAGGAGUCAGCCGUGCGCAUCACGGACCUGCAGGACGGCACGUACCAGCUGACGUUCCGGCCGCGGCGCGCCGGGCCGCACGCGCUCGACGUGCGCCUGUUCGGCCGGCCGGUGGCGCGCGCGCCGCUCCAGUUCGACGUGUCGCAGCACAACGACCCGGUGCGCUGUGUGGGCGCCCGCGGCGACGGCGACGACCAGCUCUGCCAGCCGGUGGGAGUGGCCGUCGCCUCCGACGGCUCCGUGUACGUCACUGACACGGGCAACUCGCGCGUCAAGGUGCUGGACCGGGAGCUGCGCGUGACGCAGCACAUCCUCGGCUCGGGUCUGGAGGAGCGCGGUGCCACCGGUAUCGCCGUCACCGAGACGGGCUCGCUGGUGCUGGUCAACUGGCGCUCCCGGCAGCUGACCGAGGUAAUGCCCGACGGCCGGCUGGUCAGCCAGUUCAGCCACGACGCGCUGCAGGCGCCCAUCGACGUGGCCGUGUCCCGGGCCGGAGAACUGCUGGUGGCCGACAACGGGCUGGAUCAGGUGCUGGUGUUCAGCAGGGACGGCCAGCUGCUGCGAACUGUCGGCGAGCGCGGCCAGCGGCCCGGCCAGUUCCGGCUGCUGUCGGCCGUGUGCGUGGCGCCCGACGGCUGUCUGGUGGCGGCCGACUCUCGGAUCCAGGUGUUCUCUGAGCAGGGCCAGCUGCUGCGGGAGAUGAUCGCCGAGCCGAGCGUUCGCGGGUAUUACGGCGGCGUGACCUGUGACCUCCUCGGCAACGUACUGGCCACAAGGACCGAGAAGUCUCGGCAUUACGUACAGGUGUUCUCCCUGGACACGGGUAAGCUGCAGUUCUGGAUCGACUCGGACGGCAGCCGGCUGCGGCGGCCGGCCGGUCUCGCCUGCUCCGACGACGGCUCCGUGCUGGUAGUCGACCUCGGCAACAACUGCCUCAAGCAGUACCGCUACCUGUGACUGGGCGAGCCCGGCGCGCCGCCGCCGCCGCCGCCGCCGCCGCCGGACCGCUGCCCGCCGCCCAUCCUCGGUCUAGUCUCCAGCGUACUUAACUGUGCCUGUUUCCUGUAGAGGCGGCGCCGCGCCGCGCCGCCCCGACUCUGGUGACGACAGCUUUAACGUCGGCCGCUGGCGCGACGGCGUCGCCGGGCGGCCGGCCGCUCUGUACUUACUGGCGGUGCCGGACCGCGCACCGCCCGCCACCAACAGCCAUCGAACUGCACGCCACGUUGUGUUUGUAUGUUGUGUAUACUGUAUACUGUUCAUUUCAUGAUCCGGUGGAUGUUUGAUAUAGCCAUUCUGUUUUCUGUACGUGCGGCAAUGUGAGAUUGGACGCAAAUAGACUAUGCGCAUUAUGAA